AUGGGUGGCCCGGGAGGUCCUGGGGGUGGGCAACAGGGUGUUUUUGUCAUCAACAAGAAUGCCAAGAGGGAUCAGGGGCGUAAGGCGCAGCUUACCAACAUCCAGGCUGGCAAGACGGUGGCAGCGAUCGUGAGGACGACUCUAGGUCCUCGCGCUAUGCUGAAGAUGCUGCUAGACCCUAUGGGGGGCAUUGUCAUGACGAACGAUGGCAAUGCGAUAUUGCGAGAGGUAGAUGUGUCACACCCCGCAGCGAAAAACAUGAUUGAGCUGAGCCGCGCGCAGGAUGAGGAGGUUGGUGAUGGCACCACCUCCGUGAUCAUUCUAGCAGGGGAGUUGCUGGGAGUUGCAGAGCCCCUCCUGGAGAAGAAGCUCCAUCCAACACUCAUAGUGUCGGGCUACAUGAAAGCACUGGAGGACGCGCAGACGUUGCUGAAGGAGAUUGCGUAUCCAGUGAACGUGGAUGACCCAGAGGCUUUGCGCGAAAUCGUGCGCGGGUCAAUCGACACCAAGUUUGCCGCCAGGUUCGGCACCUUGAUCUCUGAUCUUGCCGUCCAAGCAGUGAAGACUGUCUGCAUUGUCAAGCCAGACGGCCGCAAGGAGAUUGACGUGAAGCGCUACGCCAAGGUUGAGAAGAUCCAGGGCGGCGAGCUGACGGAUUGCAAGGUGCUGGACGGCGUGAUGUUCAAUAAGGACAUCACACACCCAAGAAUGCGGCGAGAGAUCACCAAUCCGCGAGUGGUGCUUUUGGACUGCCCUUUGGAGUACAAGAAGGGCGAGAGUCAGACCAACGUCGAGAUCACCAAGGAGUCCGACUGGGAAAAGCUGCUGCAGCAGGAGGAGGAAGAGAUGAGAAGAGUGUGUGACGACAUCCUCAAGGUGAAGCCAGACCUUGUGAUUACAGAAAAGGGAGUGUCUGAUUUGGCACAGCACUUCCUGAUGAAGGGUGGCGUGUCUGUGAUUCGCCGAAUUCGGAAGACUGACAACAACCGAAUUGCUAGAGUCACUGGGGCUCAUAUUUGCAACCGGACAGAGGAGCUGCAAGAGGCGAUGGUGGGGACCCAGUGCGGCCGCUUCAAGGUCCAGAAGAUCGGGGAGGAAUACUUCACCUUCCUGACAGAGUGCAAGGAUCCAAAAGCUUGCUCCGUUGUUCUGCGUGGUGCCACCAGGGACGUGCUGAACGAGAUCGAGCGCAACUUGCAUGACGCCUGGGGUGUCGCUCGCAAUAUCAUUCUGGAGCCGUCCCUCCUGCCUGGUGGCGGUGCCGUGGAAAUGGAGUUGGCUGCUAGAUUGAAGGAGAAGUCCAAAACCAUCGAGGGCAGCCGCCAGUACGCCUACAGGGCGGUGGGCGAGGCUCUUGAGGUCAUCCCUCGCAGUUUGGCGCACAACUGCGGUUCGGAUGUGGUGCGCGCCAUGACCGACCUGCGCGCUCGGCAUGCCGCUCCAGGCCAUGCGCAUUUUGGCAUCGAUGGGAAGACGGGCAAGGUGGCCGACGUGAAGGCCCAGGGGAUCUUUGACACCUUCGCGGUGAAGCAGCAGACCCUGAGGACUGCCAUCGAAGCAGCAGCGAUGCUGCUCCGCAUCGAUGACAUCAUUUCCGGUAUCAGCAGGAAGCAGCAGCAGCAGAAAUCAUCAGCAGUCAUGGGUGCAGAUGAUGAGACCUUUGGCGAUGCCCGCGACGGCUAA